UAUAGUAGGACUGGGAGCCUCACAUCACCGAGCUGGUGAUACUUCAAUUGGAUUUCCCUCUAUCUAUGUUCUCUUCAUUUCAUCUGAAAAUGGCGAUUGGCGCCUUAAGUUAUUCUCCAGUCUUCUGUGCCAGCUUGGGUGCUUUACACUGUAGAGCUUUUGCAGGCUCCGUUGCUCUUGUGCGUAGACUAGCCGCCUCCAAUAAUGUUUACAGAAGGCGAGACAAGAACUUGGGUCGGUGUUCUUGGGGUUCAAGCCACUCCAGAUUUUCCUGCUGUAAUUCAAGAACAGAUGUUAGUGCCCCUGUCAGCAGUCCUUCAGCUAACGGGUAUCCUGAAUACACUCGUUUACUUCCUUGCCCAUUACAAAAUGGUCCACCAAGAAUUGAACAUCUUGUUGUUUCAGAAGGAGGUCCUGUUCUUGAAUAUAUUAGCAAAGCUUUAGAUCUUCCUCCUCUAUUUGUUGCAGAUCUCAUCCAUUUUGGAGCUGUAUAUUAUGCUCUGGUUUGUCCAGAGCCACCUCCAAAUGCAAUGCCUGAGCAAAUUCGUGUAUAUAAAGAAGUGACAGCACCAUCGGUUCUUAAAAAUAGACUUUCCAUUAAAGGGAAGACUAUACGGGAAGCACAGAAAACAUUCCGGAUAACCCACAUUAAUGAAUUUGUUGAAGCUGGAACAUACCUACGUGUGCAUGUACACCCAAAACGCUUCCCAAGGUGCUAUGAAAUUGACUGGAGAUCAAGAAUUAUAGCUGUGACUGAAUCCUAUGUAGUUCUGGACAAACCUGCUGGUACAUCAGUGGGGGGAACAUCAGAUAAUAUUGAAGAAAGUUGUGUAACAUUUGCCACUCGUGCUUUGGGAUUGACAAUUCCCUUAAAGACUACACAUCAGAUUGACAACUGCACUGAAGGCUGUGUCGUGUUAGCUAGGACUAAAGAGUACUGUUCUAUUUUUCAUGGAAAGAUCAGGGAGAAAAAGGUGAAAAAGCUUUAUCUUGCUCUUGCUGCUGCCCCUGUGCCAGUUGGGACAAUCACCCACCACAUGCGUCCAAUCAAUAUUGCUCCAAGACUUAUUUCAAAGGAUUUUAUCAAGGGAUGGCAUUUAUGCAAACUUGAGGUCUUGGAAUGCAAGGAGGUACCUUGGCCAAAUUCCAACAUUGAAAAGGAGUAUUGCAUUGAUGAUUGUGGAUGGCCUCAGAAGGAUGUUGCAUAUGAGUGUAAAAUUAACCUUUUGACUGGCCGAACUCACCAGGUCCGAGCACAAUUGGCUGCUUGUGGUGCACCUAUAGUGGGUGAUUCAAUGUACAUGCCUGCUGCACUUGCUGAGAUGACCAAUCCUGGGCUGAAUCCAUUUGGUGAAUACGGGAUGAAAUAUACAAACGAUGAUAAUCGAACAAAAGCUAUUGAAGAGUGGAUUGUUCAUCAUGGGAAAGAACCACGCAUUGCUAUUGGACUCCAAGCAUGCCAGAUCUCUUGGGACGAGGGGGAGCACUUUUAUGAGGCUGGAUCUCCAUGGUGGAGAUGACAAAUAAAAAAGCUUUAAUACUGAGGUCAAUUCUUCAGGUCAUUCAUUAAGGAAAGUGGCAUCAAGUAGGGAGAUCAUGCAAAAGACCCUUAUAGAAUCAGGAUAAAUAGGAAAGGAUGGAUACUCUUUCCCUUUACCUUGAGUUUGAUCUUGUAGUUAUGCCAUGAUCCAAGUUCAACAGUUUGUAAAUUAUAAUUUUGCAUAUUUUUCAAACAGGACUGUAGUCAUUUAUCUAAAACCAGAAUGUAACAAUAGAUGAAAAAUGAUAAAAGCUUCCCUUAUUUCUGUUA